AAUUUCUUCAACCGUGAUGAUGAGGAUGCUUGUCGCAGCGUUCUUGUUGGUGUCGGUGUUGGUGGUGGUGGCAGUGGCGCCAGGGAUGGUGCGUGGCGAUGAGCGCGUGGCGUACCGCGUGGCCCCCGAUCCGCCGGCGCCGGUGAUGUCGUCGCCCUGGGUUGAGGGUGAGCACGUGUACUUCGCCACAAACGAGCCCGCAAACAAGAUCUUCAAGCUGGAGGCGGCGACGGGGAACGUGGUGUGGUCGCGCACGAUGGGGACUGGGCGCAAUGGCAUGCGCGACUCGAUUGUUGUUGUUGACGGGCUCCUGCACGUUGGCACGGACAACAACACGUUUGCGGCGCUGGACGCGGCCACGGGAAACACGGUGUGGGCAUUCACGCCCCCGCCACAGAAGUGCUGGGAUGCCAAGUGGUACCGCCAGUGCGAGGCGUACUCGUCGCCGCUCAUCCACGCAGGGCGCCGCUUCCAGGGCAGCGAGGACGCCACGACGAGGUGUUUCAACGCCACCACUGGCGACCUGCUGUGGACCCAGCACGCUGGCGACCAGGUGAACAACUCGCCUGUCGUGGAUCCGAGCGGCACCGCCAUCUGGAUUGCAGCCAACGACGGUUUCAUGUACAAGCUGGACGUGAGCACGGGCAAGGUCCUGAGCAAGUUCCAGCACUGUGGCUCUUCGCACACCAAGCCAGCAAUGGACAAUGAGAGCGGCAUCCUCUUCUUCAGCUGCUUCCGUCCUGAUCCAGACAACCCUUCUCUUCGUCAUGGCGGUAUUGUCUACGCCCUCAACACCACCUCCAACAAGGCUCUUUGGGAGCACCAGGGCGUGGGUGGCACCGUGCUUCACAUCAAGGCCUUGAACAUGGUCGUCGUGGGCCGGUUCGACGGCACGGCGUAUGCCGCUGAUCCCAUCACCGGUGCAGUGAAGUGGGAGGUGACCAACCUGCCCAACCCCAAGGAGUUCUUCGGCCCGUUUGUGUUUGACGAGGAGCGCGGACGCAUCUAUGGCGCAACCCUUCGCGGCAUGUUCUAUGCACUCCAGCCGGAGACUGGCGAGCUCUUAUGGGACUUCCAGGCAGGGGGCAUGAUCCCUGUGCCGAUGGGCCCUCGCCUCUCCUCUGACAAGAUGCUCGUCUUCUUUGGCUCCUUUGACAAGCACUUCUACGCCCUCAACCUCUGAUUGUGUGUGUGUGUGUGUGCAUUUGCUCUGAUUUGCUCUCUCUUUGCUGCUUGAACGUGGUCAUGUAAUAAUGUAUCACCAUGGCAUAUCUCCUCGUGUGGCUGUGUGUGUAUGUGUGUAUGUGUGUGUGUGUUUGUUUGUUUUGGUUCGAUGCUUGAACGUGGUGUGUCACAUCACACUGUCACACAUCACAUCAUGUCACAUCACAUCACACUGUCAUGUCACACAUGGUUGCCAGCAUUUGCCAAAAAUAAACCCAGUCAGGCA